AUGGCGGAAGUGAUAGGUGCUACAGCCGCUGUUGUCCAGUUUGUGGAUGUGGCUCUCCGACUUUCAUCUUGUCUAGAACACUUUUGCUCAGAUGUGCGCAACGUGCCGCGUCGUUUUCUUCAACUGCAGACCGACCUACACCAGCAAAUCGAGAUUGCCCAGCACAUACAAAAUGAUCACGUACCUGGUUUUGCGACAACAGCAUCAUCGUUGGCGCUUGAUACACCUCUGCUUGAGUACAUUGGCCUUGCUGAGGAGUUGAACAAGACGCUGGGAGGACUGCUCGCUCGUAAGAACGAUGGAGUGCUGCAACGAGGUUGGAGUGGUAUCUGUUCCCUCCGCAAAAAGGAAGAGGUAGCACAUAUAUGUGAUCGACUUGAACAAAAGAGAAGUAUUCUCUCGUUGUGGUUGAAUGCAGCAAAUCACAAGCUCUCGUCAAAUACCGCGGCGACUACUGAUCAAAUUCAACUCGAGAUUGGGGAGACUUUGGCGCUUAUGAAGACAGUCGACAAGACCUCGAGGACAGCCGUACUAAGUACAGCACAGCUAUUACCUCACGUCGAACAGAUUGACCGAAACUUAUCAACCACUUCCGAAAGGACCGAACAAAUCAUACAAGACCUCCAACAGCUAAAGUCUCACUCGACGAGUCUCUUAAUAGACCGCGAUGCGCAUACAACAGCACAGGAAUUAAGCGGUCAGACAACAGCCAUGAUUCUCUCAAACACCGAGCAAAUACUUCGGGCCAUCGAACAGCUAGGUGUCGACUCAGACAGAGCCAAUCUAGGUACGAGGGAUAGUUUUGUCGUGGGCAAACUACGUGUCGACUCAUCAGACACACGGGUUCAGCGAAGCGCUCUGGAACCUACUCGUAGAUCUCAGAGAUGUAGGUGUCGAACCGUCAAUACUGCGCGCCGCUGGCAGCCGUUGUCUAUCCUUCAAUUCACCCGAACCUUCCGGACGCAACACUUCUCAUACUGCCCAGAUCAUCGGAUCUCGGAACAGAGCCUCGAGAUCACCAUGCAAAUUGUUCCUCCGUCUUGGCUUGUGUCUCGUACCAUUGAUAUUGGGACCCGAGUACGGAAUUGGUCAACCAUGAAUCCCUUCUCGAUUAGUCCAAUCGUGAUAGGUACAAGCAGGCUUGUUGAUUCAAGUAUUUCGCCUGCAUUUCGUGCGAUUGCGAACACCAAAGAGGAACUAUACAAGAACGGACAGCAUCAUAUAUUGAUUCCUCAGCUUCAAGUCACACUGCAAAAGCUUUUCAAUAGCAAAGAGGCUUCGGUUCUCGACACCGACGGCAAUGGGAACACCGUCUUGAAUAAGAUCAUUUGGCUAUUCACUGCCUUCCCUGGAAUCAUCUCGACGCCAGGGGAUGAAUACGUUGUCCUUGUUCAGUUCCUGUUGGAUAUGGGUGCCGAUCCGAACGUUUUGAGAGCUCCGACGCACGACGACAGCCUUCAGUAUCGAGGAGACUGCCAAGGCACCACAUGUGAUCAACUUGCAGGUCCUAUUGCAUGGAACCUCUCCCUCGUGGAGUGGGCUAGAACACCACAGGUUCUUGAAAUUUUUGAGCGGAUUACAGAUGCUGGCGGCCACUCUACGAGACCUUACGUGGAAAACAUAAUUCCGAGCUUCCGAUGCCUUCGCUUUCCUCUUGAGAUCAAGCAGUUAACGAUCUUCGAAGAUCAGAUUGAUAUUUUGGAUCUUGGGGAUCUUGUGCCGCUAAUCUUGCAACGAAAUGAGAAACAGUUCCGACGCAUUGUCCAAAAGACUAAGCUCUCGAGCCUGAAUCGUCGAUCUUCAGUGAAUGGCCUAGCUCCGAUUCAUUUUGCUGUUUUGUGGCCUGUAGGACUAAACCUGUUGGUAGACAGGGGUGUACAGGUGAACCCCGAAGACAGCCACGGUCGGCGGCCUAUACAUCUAGCCGUAACCCUGGGCAUUGCUGACUCCGUACGAUGCUUGCUCCGCGCAGAUUGCGGGCUCUUCAACCCCCCACACGACGAAAGCCUCUUGCAACAUGCAUUAAGAUUAGAAGAUACACAAAGAUCUCAAAUCUUGGAUCUGCUUAUUCCGGCGCUCAUUGAUCGUCAUACACGUCUCUUGGAUCUGGCCAACUCGCAUCUGCCGCCAGCCGUAUUCGUCAAGCUUGGUUUGACGUCCGGACAACUGCACGAACAAAAGGCGCCGUUCAUCAUCGAUAUGCUCUUAUCAUAUGGGAUCGAUGUCCCAGAGGCUUUGGAACUUGAUGGAGAAAGCUUCUAUAACUUCUCGGACAUGCAUGGUCAGAUAUGUCUAACGUCGGAAAUAGCAGAUGUUUUUUGGGCCGCCGGGUUUCGCGAAAUUGACACUCCUGACGAAUGCGGUGUGACGCCGUUUCUCCAAAGCUGGUUUUGCGCGAAUUUCGAGAUGGUUAAUUGGUUCACAGAAAGAGGCGUGCCAUUGCAAUCGAUACAUGAAGAUGCGCCUUUGACUGCUCUCCAUUUAUACGCCAAACGACUGGGGUAUCCCGGUGCUGUCUUCGCACAUAAAAUUGAUGUAAUACCUACAGACGAACGCUACAUGGAAGCAGUGCAAAAAGAGUUGGGCAUACCGUAUGAUGACUGCACAUGCGUAUGCUCCCCUAAAGGUUGCACACCCGUCAAGGUCAUAUCCGAUAGCAGACAGUACGGCAUUGGUUUGACCAAACUUCUUGUACGCAAAUGGAUGGAAAACGUAAAACCGCCUGAACCUCUAAGAGCGCAGUAUGUGUAUGAUUUCACACGGUGUCAACUGUUCAAUUACCUGGAUGGUGAACAUACUUGCUGCUAUCUCGAACAAAGGUGUUCGGUCGAAUAUUCCGAAUCCCCAAGAAAGCCAAUCGGAAACAAGUGGAUGAAAAGAGUCAUCGACAUCCACGAUGCCUAUAAAGAACAUGCCAAGUUCUGUCAGCUGGGGUUACCCUUGCCAAGAAGAGAGAGCCUACAAGUCCUGGAAGACCCGGAGAUCUUCGAAGCGACUUUAGAAUCUGCGAUGUCGCAUUACGACGAGAUGGAUCGGCUUGAUACAAUGCCAGCCGAGGAACAAGUGUUUGGGUAUAUCAACUGGCUUCUAGCGGAAGGACAUCUGGAUAUCGAAGUGAGUUAUGAGUGCGAGCACCCGGAGGACUGGUAG